AUGUCUGAUAUCAUGAGCGCAUCCAGAGAGCAGAAUCUUGAAAUUCAGCUCAAUACAUUUGGGCCCUUUUUCAGGAUUAUAGCUAGAAGUUUGACAACCGAGAGGGAAUUGGGUCGGGCUGAGGGGUUGGUUAGGUUUUGGUUUGGGGGUAAAAUCUUGCAUUUGGAUUCCAUGAGGUUGCAAAGGGAGACAAUUGGGUUGGAGAAAUCAAUAUUUGGGAUCGGUUUGUUCAUCGGUGCUGUUGCAAUUAGGCAUGGAUAUGAAUGUGGUUGUAACAAAGCCGAGUUGCUUGCCAUAAACGAUACCGAACUUUAUCACUCUAAGCUGGUGAGAUUUUACAAAAGGAUAGGGUUCAAUGAAGUGUGUGAGGUAAAAGGGUCAUCACUCGGGGAUGUGAGCCAUAUGCUGGUUUGGGGAGGUGUUGGGACAAGAAUGGAUGCCGAUCUCCAAGACCUAUUGAUUAAAUGGUGUUCAAGAUUCAAGACCAAGUCACCAAGUACUCCUUGA